ACAUCGCACACCCUGGACACUCCAUCCCUCUUCUCCCUUCUCAAAGACUGUAUCACAAAUGACUACGACUUUGGCAUGGCAUAUAGCCUUCUCCGCCGGAUAUGGUACACGCGUUACUGGAGCACCAUACGAGCCAAAGUUUGCAAAUAUGAGAAGGAGGAUCGGGAGAGGCGACGGAAAGCACUCGUUGGUAACCAGAUUGUCGGUGUAGAUGUGGGACCUCGACGUGUGUGGAAUCUCAAUCGGGUGGUGCCAUGGUGGAUCACGAACGUUAAUGGGAAAUUCCGCUGGCCUCAGCCGAUAUCGCAUGCGUGGGUGGACAAGAAGGAGAGGGCCGACGUGUGGAUGCCCAUCAAUGGAUACGAAUGGCCUGUUCCCAUCCCGAAAGAGAGUGACCUCAAACUAGUCCGCAUCGAGAUGCUCAAUCUUGGAGCAGAGUACGCAUGGUUGGACGUUCUCUGUUUGAGACAGGCGGGUGGUCCAGGGGAGGAUAUGCGUGCAGAUGAAUGGAAGCUGGAUGUGCCCAUGAUCGGGGCGGUGUAUGAUAGCUGUUGGCCUGCUGUGGUGAUUUAUUUGAGCGGGCUGGGUCGGCCUUUGAGUUUGGAGGAGGGCGACUUGGAUAGUGAUCGCAGUUGGUUUAGACGUGCGUGGACACUACAGGAGAUUGGGGACAAGAGGAUGAUUGCCGGAGACACCAACCCUUAG